AUGUCACAAUCAGGUUCAAAGCACCAACAACCUGCAAGCCCUGAAGAAACUCAAGAAGGCAUUGCAUACAAAGAUCUUUCACCAGAACAACAAGAAAUGAGCGAUAUUUUACACAAAACGGAGAGCUAUGACCUAGAUCUCUUAGGUAUCGCAGACCUUGGUCGUGAUGGGAUUUUCCGUUUUCUCGAUGCCGAUCGAAAUAUUCUCUAUGCAAUUGCGUUGAGACCAGCAUUGAUAAAGGCUCUUUUGGACCGUUUGCCUUAUGAUGAGGAGGAAGAAAAGUCUUGGCGCGGAGUUGAUGGAACAAAGGUUCCCAAAGAGCAGUGGUACAAUCCGCCCCCAGGGAUUCUCCCCCCACCAUUGGCUGAGGAACAUCGGAAAGAAGGACGAGAGAUUAAUGAAAAGCUGAAAGACAAGUUGGACGAUAUUCGCGAGGAGUCAAAGAAUUACAAGGGACGCCUUGUCUUUCUAGAGUCAGAUAACAAGCUUGAAUAG